CGGCCGGCGCCGCCGCUAUGCGGAAAUUCUUCCAAGACAUCAAAGCGGAUAUUAAAUUCAAAACAGCGGGGCCGGGCCAGAAGCUGGCGGAGCCGCCCAGGGAAAGGGCCCCCAAAGAAAAGCCAAAAGCGGCCCCCCCAAAGUCUCGCCAGGGGCCCACAGAUGAGGCCCAGAUGGCAGCAGCUGCAGCCUUGGCCCGGCUGGAGCAGAAGCCCAAGCCUUGGCUCCCUUCAUCCCAAGAUGCCAUCAAGAGUCAGGUGAAAAAGGAGCUUAUGGCUGAAGCAGCAGCAAGUGAGAGAGGACUCUCCACGGAUCACACGGGUUCUGUGUCUGCGGUUGAGGAAGAAACAGCUGGACUGUCAGUGUCAGGGGUCUAUUUCAUUUGCCCACUAACUGGGGCCACCGUAAGGAAAGACCAGAAGGAAGCACACAUAAAAGAGGCCAUCCUCUUGCAUUUCUCUAGUGACCCGGUGGCUGCCUCGAUCAUGGAGAUUCAGACCUUCAACAGGGACCGAGAGAAAGUGAAACUUGCAGUUGAGACCAUUGCCAAAUAUCUGGAUAAUAUCCAUCUCCAUCCAGAGGAGGAGAAGUACCGGAAAAUCAAACUGCAGAAUAAAGUGUUUCAGGAAAGGAUAAACUGUCUAGAAGGGACACACGAGUUUUUCCAGGCCAUUGGGUUUGAGAAGGAAAUGCUGCCUGUUCCAGGACAAGAGACCACAGAAGAGUACUAUGUGCUGAAGGAGGAGGUGUUGACUAAGCUGGAGGACCUCAAGGACUAUAAGGAGCAGCUGUUGAGCUCUGAGCCGGUGAAGGCCCAGUUGGAUCGCCAGCUCUGCGUAUUCAAACCCUCCCCGCAAGCUGCCCAGUUUGAGCUGCCCCAUGACUUCUACAACCUCACGGCAGAGGAGCUAAAACGGGAACAGCGGCUCCGGACGGAAGCAGUGGAGAAGGCGUCUAUGCUGAGGACAAAGGCUAUGCGGGAGAGAGAAGAACAAAGGGAAAUGCGGAAAUAUAACUACACGCUGCUACGAGUCCGUUUUCCCGAUGGAUACAUUCUGCAAGGGACAUUCUAUGCCCGGGAGCCAGUCUCUGUGCUCUACAGGUUUGUGAGAGAAGCACUGAAGGAUGAUUGGAUGCCCUUUGAGCUAGUUGCACCUGGAGGUCUUAAACUGACUGAAGAGAACGUGGCAUUCAAUGAGUGUGGGCUGGUGCCGUCUGCUCUCCUGACAUUUGCAUGGGAUGCAGCUGUCAUGGCAGACAUAAAAGCUUCAGGAGAAGAGCAGAAAGGAAGCCCCUUGAAACCAGAACUCCUUUCUGCUGUCCAGAUAUUGUCAUGAAAUAAACAGGAUUGGAUUCAGUGCGGUUGGUUCUAUUAUGUGCUGUUGCCUCCUACCCCUGCACUCAAGCAUGAAAAUGGAAGCUGCCUUAACUGUUGUUUGUCACAAACUUAAGGGAAGACUUCAGUUUUAGCUAGAGCACGAGGAGGCCAGAUUUCAGUAUGGUAAUGCACAAUGCAUUAUCACCUCCAGUUCAGAGAGGAGUGGCUAUAUAAUGAGACAUGAGGACUGUUUAAACAGAUUUAAAGUCUGAAGACAGUCUUGCCCAGAGAAAUCUUUAAAUGUGCUGCUUUUAUAACUUUUUACACUAAGUUCUUUUGGUUACUCUGUAUGUUUAAUCUCUUUUCUAGCUCGGCUAUAGAAAAUAAAAAUCCACCAUCUUGAACUGUAGCAAAGAGGAGGGCUGCAAGAUUCUCCCAGUAUUGAGUUUUGAUGGUGGCCAGGGCUAGUGUUACACUUUUCCUUAUGCUUCUAUUGUACAGAAAUUGUCGCUGAAUGAGACUUGUUUAAAACACUAAUUAUGUCAACUGCAACAAGUUAGUGUUAGCGUGAUUAAAUGGAAUAUUUGGAAA